GGAGUUGGCACUUGACUCCACCUCCUCGGACGCAGAGUUCAUUUCAGCGCGGGAGGAGAAACAUUUAUGCUCUUGAAAUUAAGGCAACCCUUAAUGCGCGCCAAACACAAAUAGCGAAUUCUUUUUCAGUCGCUUACAUCGCUAAUAAUACCUUUUUCUUACUCUAGCUAAUUAAAUAUAUUUUAAAUUUAAAAACUGUUCUUUUCCCAGCAAAAUGUUUCAGAAAGGACAAGCUAUUCAUUCAAAAGAGAGAAAUAUCAUAAAUAAUGUUACCAAAUUUUGCGAAGAUGAAGCCAGAGCGGGAACGUUUUCAAUUCCAAUUUCACAAGCUCAAAAACGUGCUGCUGCAGCUACUGGUGUUUCGCUUAGAACAAUUAAGCGAAUUAAAAAAGAAGAUAUCUCAAAUGGACUCUUAUCUUCCCCAGGAAAACAUCGCAAGCGUCCUGAAUAUAGAAAUGCAAUUUUAGACAAUUUUGAUCUCUGUGUUCUUCGAAACAUAGUUAAUGAGUUUUAUGCAGACAAAAAAAUUCCAUCUUUAUCCCGAUUGCUUCCUGAAGUGAAAAAAAGAAUAAAUUUUCCAUGGGAAAGAGGAACUCUGUGGAAAUAUCUCCAUAUUGCAGGUUUUCAAUAUAAACGUUGCAAAAACCAGAGGCACAUAUUAAUGGAACGAUCUAACAUUGUAAGCUGGAGAUUUCGUUUUCUUAGAGAAAUAAGAAAAUUUCGAGAAGAAAAAAGAAAAAUAAUUUAUUUAGAUGAAACGUGGCUGGACAGCAAUCUUUAUUUCAAUAAAUGUUGGACAGAUGAAAAAGUUGGCAUUAUUAUCAAAGAUAGUGCAGGAUAUCGCCUGAUUGUAGUGCAUGCUGGUUCCGAAUCCGGUUUCAUCCCGAAUGCCGGCUUGAUAUUUAGAGCAGGAUCUGCUUCUGGAGAUUACCAUGGACAAAUGAACUUUGAAAAUUUCGAAAAAUGGAUAAUUGAGAGACUGUUACCAAAUAUUCCUCCGAAUUCGGUCAUCGUUAUGGAUAAUGCAGCUUACCAUACAAAAGUGCUGAAUCCCGUACCAACAAAAAGUUCAACAAAAGAUAAAAUGUGUGUCUGGCUUGAGAAAAAGCAGAUUAUACACAAUAAGAAAAUGCGAAAAGUUGAAUUAUUUGAAUUAAUUACAGCAAAUGCUCCAACCGAAAAACAAUAUUGCAUUGAUGAACUCUUAAAAGAACAGGGUCAUGAUGUUUUGAGACUUCCCCCUUAUCAUUGUGACUUAAAUCCCAUAGAAUUAAUUUGGGCAGAUAUUAAACGUUAUGUUAGAGAAAGAAAUGUGGCUGCUGAUAUGAGUUUACAACGUCUUCAAAAUCUUGCUUCAGAAGCCAUACAAGAUAUUGGAAAUGAGAGAUGGAAAAAGCAUUGCACACAUAUAGAAAACAUAGAAAAAAAAUAUUGGAAAACUGAUGGAAUUGUCGAAGAAGUUGUGGAAAAUAUUUCUUUUUCCAUUGAUUCUGAUUCUGACACUGAGAGCGAUUUUAGUAGGGAUAGUUUUGACGAUGAAAUUUAAUUUAAUCUUACACUUUGUAGAUAAAUCAUAUAUGUUUGCAACGUUCAUUUGAAGAUGGGGUUUUUUGGACCUGGUGUAGGCGUUCCUACACCAGGGGGAUAAGUAAUAACAACAGCGCUCAUUUUUAAAAGCAAAGUAUGUGCUGAAUAUUUUUGUUUCAAAUUUUUUUAAAUAUAAUUAAACUAUAACAUAAUCAAGCAAUUCAGAUAAGUUUCUAAUUGAUAUUUAAUUUUUUUAU